CCACUGUAGCCCAGAGAAGUUUUGGCUUUGGAGUCUCCAAUGUUUGUAAUCUUGAAAUCUUUCUUUGCAUAAGCUUUCUUCUAGAGUGGCACUCUGCUAACCCCCACAAAACCAGAAUUCUCCGUCUCAAGUUUAAGAUCAAAAAGAAUACUCUCUUGUUUUUCCAUUCCUUGCCAAUUGAAAAUAAACCAGUUGUCCUCUUCAAGAUUCAAAGAAUGAAUCCUAGUGAGCUUGUAAAUGAAGCAGAUUCUGAUUAUUCCACCACAUCUGAAAGCUUGUCUGUGACCACUGAAUCAUCAUCCUCAUGUGAUCAGAAUCAAGAUAUCAAGAACAGGGGAGCAACAGAGCCAAGGAGGAAAGUGAAGAAGUUGAGAUCAAUCAAGCUUGUGAGACUGCCAAGUUUGAAGCUCACCACAAGACAAGCAAGAGUUCAACUUGAUUAUCUCUCUACCUUGGCAAGUGAUGCAGCAAGUUCACUGCAGCCUGAUAAGGUGGAAAUAUCAGAUGCAUCGCCUAAUUAUAUGAAGACCACCACUUCUUCUGAUGCGAAGAAGGGGAGUUUACAGAAAUCAUCAAGAACUUUGGUUAGGCGAUCUAGUUUUAAGCCUCUAAAGAGUUUGACAAGGUUGUCUAGUACAAAAUUCAGGAGAUCUUUGAUGAGGAAGUCUUCUGGGGGACCUGAAAUGAAGAGGAAACUGAAGAAGUCCAGAUCAAUCAAGGCUGGAAAUCGAUCUUCCAUUGUUUUACCAAAUGAUGCAGAUAUGUCAUCUAAUCAAUUGAAGGAAAGGAGCUAUUGUGAUGUAAAGAACGCUCAUUUUCAGGCAAGUUCUUGUCAUUUUGAAUCUAGUUUGAGCAGCAAUGGUAGAAGUAAGAGAAGUUUAAGUAAUUUAAAGCCAAGUUUAGCUCCUGGUAACAAAUCGAUGAGGGUCAUAACCAGAACAUCUUCUUUGAGACCUCUACGGAUCUUAACAAAAAUGAACAGUAGAAGAACAAAGAGGCCUUCCAUGAAGAAACGCUCCCAAAUGCUCGACUCAAGCAUACAAAAAGCAACGUGUUCUUCAGUUCUCAAGGAUUCCAAGUUUCCUGACCGUCUUGAGCUUCUACCAGGAGGAAGUGAAUCUGAAGGAAUUUCAGCCAUGAAAGUGUGCACAUAUAGUUAUUGUUCACUUCACGGCCAUCGCCACCCUGCUUUACCUCCACUAAAACGCUUUGUAUCAAUGAGGCGACGUCAGUUGAAGACCCAGAGAAGUAUAAAAUUGGAAAGUCAAUCCUUUCACAGAGCAAAACGUUCUAGUAAAACAAAGAAAGGAAUGCGGGCAAGGAAAAUGGAUUGCCACACAGAUGCUGCAGUUCCAGAAACAGCCCAUAAGAACAGAGCAAUCAGAAAAAUGGCUGCACCAAAAGCUGACUUAAAUGGAGAAAGCAUUCAUGGUGGAGAUGAUGAAGAUACCAACAAUUCUGAAAGCGAUGGUGAGAAUAUGCUUGAAGAGGUAUCACAUCCUCAUCUGUGUCUGAAAGAGAAACAGCAGCUCAGUGAGUUUUCCACAGCAGAAAGUAAAGUAUACUGUACAGACAAGAAAGAAGAGGGAAUUACUGCAUCCAACUCUCUUACUGUUGAUCAUCCUGAGCACACAAAUAUCAUCUUACAAAAUGUCGAAGAUCCCGGACCCUUUGAUGAUAUUGCUUGCACCUGCCAUGAGGAAAUUCCAGUGGGUGGAAAAGUUCACCAAGAUGUCAAUGAAGGCAGAAUUUCAAGUUUGAAAUUUGAUAUUUACAAAGGUGACUCAGAACUGAACACUUCAGGGCCAACGGCUUCAACAAGUUUAGCUAAAGAGCCAGUUGAUAAAUCCAGAAGCCUAGCGACUGAUGUAUUUGUGGAAUCAAGAGCAAUUAAUGAUAUGAUUUCUUCUGCUUCCAUAUGUGAGCAACUAGGUGAACAAACUGCUCAGAUUGAGGAAAGGAAUGAAGAUUCUCUGCAGGACAAUCAGUUCCCAGUGACAGAUUCAGAGCCUGAUUGCAACUCUUGGGUAGUAGAGAAAACCCAAAGGGAAAAGCAAAAGCAUGUGGGAUUGUGGAACCUGAUAUAUCAACAUAUGGUAUCAGGUAUUGCUUCAGACGAUGAAAUGCUGCCACCUCUUGAUAAAAUGGAUAAGAAAGAACAAGGGGAAGAUGCAAACACCUUGCCUGCAAUGAACGAUUCAGAUUCUUGUUCACAUUUUUCUGGAAUAGAUCAGGGCAUGGAGGUGUAUGAUCAUGAUAGAGGCAGCCAUAAGAUUCAGCUUUACCAACGCAAUGCCAUUAAGUUGGUACAGGAAGCAUUUGAUAAAAUCCUCUCAGAAAUUCCUGACCACUCAUCUGAUGAUCAAUCAAUCAAUAAUGACAGCAUUUCAGACAAGGGAGAAAAUAUUCAUAGUGCAAGUGGGGAAAUAAGGAUGUCAACUUCCUUCGAUUCAGGUAAAGAAAGCAUCGUACAAGAUCAGGAAGAAAUGGGGCUGAAAGAAUAUAAUAUAAAUGAGCCAGAAGGAGGGAAAACACAAUCCAACAUAGGAAGCAAGUCUAACCAGCAAGCACCCAAGAGCUGGAGUAAUCUGAAAAAGAUAAUUAUCCUCAAGAGAUUUGUUAAGGCGUUGGAAAAAGUGAGGAACUUCAAUCCUCAGAAGCCACGGCAUCUACCAGUACAGCUUGAACCUGAAGCAGAAAAGAUUCAUCUACGCCAUCAGACCAUGGAAGAUAGAAAAAAUUCUGAGGAAUGGAUGCUUGAUUAUGCACUUCAACAGGUUAUUUCUACACUAGCCCCAGCUCAGAAGAGAAAAGUAGCUUUGCUUGUUCAGGCAUUUGAAACAUUAGUUCCAUUACCGGAAACAGCUACGAGUCCGAGGUCUAAUGUAGAUGCUUCUUCACAUGCAACUCCAGUUCAAACUUUUACUACUUCCUCACAUGAAACAGGUUCUGGAAAAGGGAAAGAAACCAAAUUUGGUAUCUCUCUUUGUAAAACAUCACGCCCUAAAGAGGAGCAAGACCAAGUCAGUGACUCCUGCACAGCAGAAGAGGAUGUUCCAGAGUCUUGUUCUGAGCUCAAUGAACCAAGCUCAGAAUCUGGUUCCACUCAUACAGCACCAACUAUUUUGACUUCUGAAUUCACUUCCAUAGGCUUGAAGCAAAAGGGUGCAGAUCUCAAUCAUGGUAAUGGUGACCAAAAUUCCAUUGCCAAAGAUGAUGACCCUGCAUCUAUUAAUUACUGUUUAGUGGAGCUAAGAGAAGCACUUGACAAGCCUUCGAAGUCAGCUGAUGUUGCAACUAGUUCUUAUGAUGAAGUUUCACUAAAUGGAGAAGUUCUCCAAGAAGUGCCUAAAGAAGUAAGUUUGCUUUCUGCUUCAGAAGUCCAAGAUCGCGAUUUUGAAUUCAACAGUGAAACAUUGGAGUCAGAUUGUCGAAUCAUUGUCACUGGUGAACGAUCAGAUGAACCCAAAAGCCAAAUCCCAAAAAAUUUUGAAGGAUCAAUUGCAGAUUACAAUGCACACACUCCUGUUUCUGUCUCUAAACUGCAGGAAGAAUCAUCUAAAGCCGCUGAAGGACAAACUGUGCUUCAAAAUAAGUUUUUCCAACAAUUUACUCCGCAUGAAGAAUCUAAAUUCAGUUCUGCUGAUUUAGCACAAGAAAAGCAGGUGGAAAAGCAGAAAAAUAUGAGACUUUGGUACUUAAUAUAUAAGCACAUGGUUUCAGGCAGUGCAAGUCUACUUGAGAAGGAGCCAGACAAGGAAGAACAAGCAGAUGAUGCCAACACAUCUUAUGGAAUGAAUAAUGAUUGUUCUUAUGAAGGUUUUUCUCAGGAUACAGAUAUGGAGAAUCAUAAUGCAGGCAGCCACAAGAUUGAACUCCAGCAGAUUGAAGCCAUAAGAAUGGUUGAAGAAGCAAUCGAUGAAAUACUGGUUCCAGGUAUUCAAGAUGACUCACCCAAUGAUCAUUCAGUCAGCAGUGAUGUAAUUCUAGAUCAGGAGCACCUUGAAAAGCAACCUGAUAAAGGAGGGGUAUUUUACAUCUCAACUUACAUUGGUUGUCCCAAAGAGAGUUAUGGAGAAUCUAACAGUACAAAAGUGGAGCAGAGCUCCAUGCUGGAUCCAAAAGAACCAUGCCUGAAUUCUGAGAACGGUGCCACAGCGGAAAAAGAAAAAGCUGUAUUCAAGGAGGGAAAUAAACCUAAACCACCAGCGCAGAAGAGCUGGUGCAAUCUGAAAAAGCUGAUCCUUCUUAAGAGAUUCAUCAAGGCAUUGGAAAAGGUUGAAAAAAUAAAUUUGCGGGAGCCACGAUUCUUGCCCUUGGACCCUGAGAAGGAGGCAGAAAAAGUUCAUUUAAGGCAUCAAGAUAUGGAGGAUAAGAAAAAUGCUGAUGAAUGGAUGCUCGAUUAUGCACUUCAACAAGUUGUUGCUAAACUAACUCCAGCUCGGAAAAGAAAAGUGCAGUUGCUUGUUGAAGCUUUUGAGACAGUCAGUCCUACUAUUGGAAGUUGAAAGAG